UGUACCCUAUAUCUGGAUAGAUGUGCCAUCUUCUCUAGAGGGCCGUUGCGAGUUUAUGACCUAACGCAGGGCAAUAUCAACACCAAGAUAUCGCAAACACCGCAAAUGUGGUUCCGCCCUAUACCCUUCAUCCUCAUCAAGGAUGAGGAGCUGACAUACCACGGGAAGAUACUAAGUGUCAGGUAUGAAGAAGGGCGACUUCGAGCAAUUCACGAGGCGAUGUGCAUCAGCGAGCACCGGGGCCAGCCAAGGGUAAGGCCCAACUUGAUCAUGCCAGACCGAAGAUAAAGAGGAGAUUGCCAACGCCAGCUAGCUUCCCAGCGACACCCUUCGCCCGAGAAUCCAGAUAAGUCUUUGAGUCCAAAGGUCGGACUAUGAUAACGGAUAGGCUAUGGAGUGGGAAAUAUUUCUACGGCCGCCAUAGAGCUGGGAGAGUUUUGUCCCUAUGGAGGAUAUGUAUUGGGCGGGUGGAUGGACGCUAUCUAGCAGA